AUGGAAUUAUAAAAAUAUGCAGAUGCUCAUUCUCACAUCUAAGAUUUUGAGAAUAUCGAUCAAAUCGUUAAGGAAUCAACAGACUCUGGCAUUAAUCAUAUAAUCUGCAACUCAACGACUUUUGAUUUUCUUCCACCAUCCCUUCUUAACUUAUAUCCAUUCAUAAUACCUUGUAUAGGUUUGCAUCCUUGGUAUAUCAAUAAGGAAUAGAAUGUUGAGUAUGAAAAGAUGGAGAAUAUCUUAAAAUCAGACGAGAGAAUCUAGGUGGGAGAGAUUGGAUUAGAUUUCAUUAAAGCGAAAGAAAAGGAAGAUUAGAAAAGACAAUGCGAGAUCUUUAUAAGUUAAUUGCAAUUGGCUAUCAAAUAUAAUAGAUCUAUGAGCAUUCAUUGUGUUAGAGCCUCAGGAGAAAUGCUUAAAAUCUUUAAGAAGCAAUUGAAGGGACAGAAUUACAAUGCUGCUAUCAUCAUGCACAGUUAUGGAUGUCCAAAGGAAAUUACAGGGAGUUUGGAUAAAUUAUAUCCAAAUUUUUAUUAUUCUCUUUGUUUGAAUAUGAAAAUGGAACAAUUAAAUCACAUCGAUAAAAAUAAAUUGCUUUUUGAAACCGAUGCUCCUUAUCAAUACAAUCCAAACAUAGUAGAAUCGGAGGAUAAAAAAUCUCAUCCUAAAUUUCUGAUUAAAUUAAUCCAAGACUGUGCUACCUAUCUAAAUGAACCUCUAUUGGCACAAAUAGUAUAUAAUAAUUUUAGAAGAGCACUCAAGUUAUGA